AUAACAGUUGUCUCCCUUAGUACAAAAUACUCUUUUCAAAGAAGAAUUUUCACAACUUUGGAAACAGCACGUGUAAAUUUUAGUAUUUUGUAAUUUAACUAAAAUAUGGGACGACCAAAGAAAAAGCAUCAAAGUGGUGCUGCAACUGCCUUCAUCACCAGAACUAAAGCUGUCAAACGACUUCAAAUAUCGCUGAAAGACUUUAGACGACUAUGUAUAUUGAAGGGGAUUUACCCAGUUGAGCCACUUCACAGAAAGAAAGCUGGCAAAGGAAGUACCUCAAACAGAACAUACUACUUUAACAAAGAUAUACAGUUCUUACUUCAUGAACCACUCAUCAAUAAAUUCAGAGAGUUUAAGGUAAAGUCAUAAC